AUGACAACUAAUCAAUGUCGGUUGAACUAUGAAGAACAAAAUCAGUAUAAAAUUCGAAUUAAGUUUUCAAAUCAAGCAGAAGCAAUCGAAAAAGAUUUUCUAAUUACUAUUGAAGAUAUUAAUGAAGCACCAUAUGAUCUUCAAUGUUCUAAUCACACAGGUAUUUGUACGGUUUUCGAUGAUGAUUUUAAUCAAACAUUAAAUUGUGGAAUAAACACUAAAAAUGAUUUUAAUAAUAAAACAUCAUUUGAAAUAAUGUGUACUGAUAAUGGUCAACCACCUUUAUCCGUAUCAACAUGGAUAAAAGUUCUACCAAAUGACAUGACACUAAUGGUUGUUCCUAUUUUUUCGCUGAUUAUACCCGUCGACGAUAAUUAUAAUACGAUAGAUAAACACACAAGAGAUAAUAUUGUCAUAUCAUAUUCUAAUGAUGGAGAUAAAACAGAGCAACAGCGCCAACGACGACAAGCGAAUUUGCCACCUCAAGAUAUUUUUUUUAAUGUGUCUCAUUUAAGUGUACCAGAAAAUGCAAUAAAUUUUAACAUAGCACAUGUUUACAUUGUUGAUGAAGACAAUGAUAAUUAUACCUGUUCAAUACAGACUCAUAAUUCUCUUCAACAUCAACAGCCAUUUGAAAUUGUUAAUGGAAUCUUACGUACUAAAUCACCUACGAAUAAUAAUAAUUAUGAUCUUGAUUUUGAUUUUGAAACUACACCAGUUUAUAAUACAACAGUAUCAUGUGCUGAUUUAAUUCAUCAUUUUACUAUUAACAAAAAUUUCAGUAUCUUUGUCACUGAUGUCAAUGAAGCCCCAGUUGAAUUAACAUUAACGCCUAAUAUACUUCCAGAGAAUUCACCCGCAGGCUUUGUUAUUGGUCAACUACAUGCGAUUGAUCCAGAUAUAUUUUCAACGAAUGGAACAUUUCAGUACACACUUAUUACUGACAUAGAUCAUAUAUUUACAUUAGAAAAUGAUAAUCUAGUGCUAUCACGUGAGAAUUAUGUAGAGAUGUGUAUGCCUCAACCAGAUUUAUGUCCACAUGAUUAUGAACAAACUGAUUCAUUGCUUGUUCGUAUAUUUGUUGAAGAUAAUGGUGAACCGCGAGCAUCACAAAAAUUUUGGAUGCUAGUUAAAAUAACUGAUGAAAACGAUCCACCAGUUAAUUUGGUCUUAGAUAAAACUACUGUGAAAGAAAAUUCACCUAUUGGAACAUUAGUUGGAUCAUUUUCAGUUGAUGAUCAAGAUUUAUAUCAAACACACAUAUAUACGAUUAUUAGUGAAAAUUCAUUUUCAAACCAUGGAAAUCUUUUUUCUGUUGAAGAUAAUGAUCUACGCCUAAUAAGAUCACCUGAUUAUGAACAAGACGAAUUCAUUCUUAUUACGGUGCACGCUACCGAUAAUGGAAUACCACCGAAAAGUAUUACAAGUGAUUUUCUUGUUGAAAUAAUCGACAUUGAUGAAUUUCCCACUACGUAUAUAUUUAUUUCAAAUAUUGAUAAUAUUGUUUUAAAUGAUACAAUUAAUAAUUUAAUAAAUGGAGAAAACUCAGUACGAACGACUUAUUUACCACAAAAUGCUUACACACAAGCAUCAUUGGGGAAGAUUUUAUUUUUAAUAGAAGAUCGUGAUCAAGAUAUUGAUUUGAAUGGAUAUGAUAAUAAUGUUCUAACUGAAUUUGGUUUUUCCAAACCAACAUGUGAUCUUGCAACACAAAUACCAUAUAGAUUGUUAUGUGCAUCGACUGUUACUGUUGCUCAUCCACAAUCAGAAUAUGAUCAAAAUGCAUUGAAUGGACAUUUAGUUGUUACUUCAUUAACGUUAAUAAGUAAUAAUAAAACUAUGAAUUUUUCAAAAUUAUUAAGAAUUAAAUUUGAAAAUAUUACUUUAACAAUUAAUGGUCAACAAACAGAAUCUGUUGAUAUUCCCAGACAUAAUGCAGCUUCUCUUAUAAUUGGUUCGAUUGAUGCACUUGACCUAGCAGCUGGAGGACAACGUCAAGAAAAUAUUACACUUAAUCCAAAUAGUUCUUUGUCUUAUCCACUUGAAAUCAUUAAUUCAACUAUUUUGAAAAUUCGUGACGACGAAAAUUUUUCUUCAUCCAAUAUGCAAUCAAUAUUUAAUGUUAGUGUAUUUGUAACAACAGUUGGUGAAGAAAGUCGACUAGUAGAAAAAUAUUUAAUCAUUAACGUAAAAAAUAAAUAUGAUUUCAAUUUAACAUUAACAAAUAAUAAGAUUCUGGAAAAUUCACACGAAAAUACAUCAAUCGGAAACUUCAUUGUUGAAAAUGGUAUAGGCGAUUAUACUAUUGAUCUUGUUAAUAAUAGUAAUGGAAAAUUUAAAUUAUAUGGAACAAAUCUAUUAACAGCUACGAAAUAUGUUGAACACUGUCAUUUGAAUCAUUCAUGUGCACUUAAUUAUGAAACAGAACCUAGAAUUAACAUAACAGUUGCAGUUCUCGAUCCAUUAACAAAUGAAACACUUCGUCUUGUAAAUUUUUCUAUUGAAGUUCAAGAUGAAAAUGAACCACUUUUUAAUUUAUCUUUAUCUAAUCUUGUGAUUUCGGAAAAUACAACUAUUGGUUCGACGAUCGGUAUUAUAAAUGCAAUUGAUCUUGAUUUUAAUCAAACAAAAACAUUUACAACAAUGAAUCCAACAUUUGCUAUUGAGGAUAAUCGUUUAAUAUUAAAAAGAAAAUUAAUUUAUGAUAUACAACAACAUAUUCCAAUUAUUAUUCAAGCAACUGACAAUGGACAACCGCCAAUAUCUAUAGAAAAAUUAUUUAUUAUAAACAUAACUGCGAUAAAUCGACCACCAAUUAAUGUAACAUCAAGUUUGAUGACUGGAUAUAUUGAACGAGAUUCUGAAAAUAAAAAUUCAACAGGAGCAAUUGUCGGCCAAAUAUAUAUUAUGGAUCCAGAUCUUAAUGAAAACUUUACUAUUGUAUUUAAUAAACCUAAUUUUCGGGCAUUGGAACCAGCUAGAAAUUCAUAUUCAAUUAUAUCAGAUGAUGAUUUUGAAUUAUCGGCAGAAGUUUACAAUAUUAGUAUUCUAGAUGUAGAUCUUCCAAAUGGUCAAGGUCAAACUAAUUACUCAACCAAUGUAAUAGCGAAUAUAACAGAUUUGGGUGGUCAUUCAGUAAUAUAUGAAUUCGUUGUUGAUUAUGCAGAAAAGUCAAUAGUUAAUGCAUCUGUAUUAUCAAUAUUUAUAGAGACAACAACAGUGACUGGAUCUUUAUUUCAAGCGUUACAUGCUCGAGUUUAUGAAAUAACACCGCCGAAUACUCCAAUUAUUCAUGGUGUUUUACGCUUGUCGUCAUUAAAUAAUUCUUUAACAAGUUCACUAACAUGUACUGCUACGGAUGAUCAAGAGAAUUCAUUUGGAGUUGAAACUACAGUUACAGAUCAAUUAGCAUUUAUUGUCUCGUUACCUGAUAAUUAUACAUUAAAUUCAACAAUUCAUCCAAUUAUUAUCGUUAAUGUACAAUGUAACAUUGGUAAUGAUACGAAUGUAAAUCAAGACAUUGUUGUCGAUGUUUUACCGGCUCCACCCACAGUGGAGAUAAACUUUAAUCAAACAGAAACAUUGUAUGCAGCAAAUCCUAUUAAUAAUGAAACUAUAUUGGGUAGAUUUGAUCUUAUCGAAUUAACAACAACAACACCAACAAAUCGUACAUAUAAUCUUUCAUUAGUAAAUUAUCAAGAUUCAUUUCAACUUCUACCAAAUCAUAGUCUUAUUCAAAUUGGUCAAUAUCCACCUGAAAUAUUAGACUUUAGUGAUGCUCAUGUUAAUUUAAAUGUUCAAGUCGUCGAAACAACACCUGGCAAACCAACUCGUAUUAUUCAAAGAGCUUUUCAGUUACCAAUUAUUAUCAAUUCAUCAACACCAUUGAUCACUUUUAGUCAAUCAUCAAUAGCAAACAAAACACAGUCGAAUACAACAAUCGGAUCAUUUUCUGUAAGCAAUAUAUCAAUACUCUAUCAAUUACAAUUACUUGAUACAUACAAUGAUGGAUUAGAAUUGGAUUCAAAUAGUAAUUCAUUGAUUCUUAAAAGACCAAUCAAUACAUUUCCAUUAAUUAAUAAUCAAACACAAUUAGAACUGAAAGUGGCGUUAACUAAUGAAACAAAUGGAACGAUAUUAUUAACAACUUUUCCAUUAAGAAUUACUUAUGAAAAUAUAGUAGAUUUUUGUUUACAUAAAGAUUGUGGAAAUGGUACAUGUAUUCAUCGAAAUGAAACUGUUGCGUAUUGUUUAUGUACAGGUGGUUACACAGGUAUAGAUUGUCGAGGGAUUGAUGCAUGUGCGUAUAGUCCAUGUACUAAUAACGGCAUAUGUCAUCAACUAUCUUCUGAUGGAAAAUUUUCAUGCCAAUGUAUACGAAAUUAUACUGGAGCUUAUUGUGAAAUCUCGAUUGACAUUUGUCAAUUAAAUAAAUCUUCUUGUCCAUCGACAGAUAUAUGCAUUCCAACACGCAGUAAUCUUUCCGAUUCUUUCAAAUGUAUUCCAAGAGAUGAACUGCAAUAUUUUGUUUUUGAUUAUUUAAAUAAUUAUAAAAAUAUUGAUAUUGUCAAUAAUGAAAACUUUCCAGAAAAUGUUGAAAAUUUUCUCAAAGACAAUUUACCAUUCAAUGAAACUACUGUUUUAUCUGAAAUCAUAAUACUUGGUCCACAAAAAUAUAGUCGAGCACAAUUAAUAUCAGCUGCUAUUCGAAUGUCCGAUGAUAGCUCUACAACAUUUAGUGAUGCUUUGGAAAUCUUUUGCAACAAUAUUUCAUUGGCCAUAAAUUCAUUUACUCGUGAGGUGUGUGCUGGUUAUCAACAAGCAGCUUAUCUUGAUAAAUAUUUUAAGUCGACGCCAAGUUUUUGUCCAAACUGUACGUUUAUUGAUGCUGCUGAUAAAUAUUAUUGGUUUGAUAAAAUACUUCCAUUUUUACCACUAUGGAUAAGUGUUAUAAUUGGAUCCGUUCUGAUGGCAGCUGUUCCAUUAAUAUCAUUCAGUACAAAUACCCCCAAAAAAGCCAAAUUACCAGUAAUGAAAGCUAACAGAAGUCUCAAAGAUGAAGAAAGUCUUGCAUUGGUAAAAACAGUUCGAUCAGCAGGAAAAAUUACUCAUUCUCAUCGCGAAAGAAAUGAUUCUGGAUAUGAGAGUAAUGAGAAUACUGAUAGUUAUCUCGGAGAAAUAAUCAAUAAUCACCAACAAGAAUUUCAUGUUUAUCCUGUUUCACUUCGAACACGUUCGAGAUCAACUGAACGUCGAGGUACAACUAUCGAUGAUUUAAUUUCACAGAAUCAUUCUCCUGUUUCUCGAUCAACAAGUUUUUCUAAUAAUCCUCGGCGUUAUAUCCAACGAUCCGUUUCCAUGUCACCACAAAAAACUCCUCGUCAAUCAUCUGUUGGUAAUAGUCAAACAUUGAAGCCAAUAAUUCGGCGUCGUUCAACACUAUUCGAUUCAAGUUUUGGAUCAUUAAUGCGUUUAACAGGUAUACCAAGAUUAAAUAAUGAUGAUGAUACGUAUGUAUCAUCUAGAUUUCGUAAUGAAAAUACAUCCAAAUUUGUCAUUGGAACAUUAUGGAAUACAUUCGCAUUAAUCAAUAAUCUUUUUUUACAAAGGCCAAGAGAUCGACGUAAUGCUCUUUUUGGCGACACAAACAUUCAAGCUGAACAAUUAGCACAUUUAGAACAAUUAUAUUCACUUGCAGAACGUGACCAAGCUAAUGAAACAGGAACAAAUCAUCUUGAAUCUAUUCUUGAAGAGCUUUUAUCAGAAUUGAAAACAAAUAAAACGAAAAAUUUGCAAUCAAUUAUCUUGGAUAUACUUUCUUCGGUAGAACCUCAUCAUUGUACUUGCUAUGGAAAUCAUCAUCUUCACACAUGUAUUUAUUAUGAUCAUUCGUUACCGUAUGUCAAAACUUUUGCUGGUAAAACAUCACAAUUAGAAACAAUUUUUCGUGAUAUACAAAAUACUAGUAAACCACGACGACAAGAAGCAGCAACUCAAUCUUGUGUAGAAAAGCCUCAUAGAACUUUUCAACACUAUAAACCAACAACUAACAUAUCGACACAAUCAAGUCCAAUUUUAAAUUUAAAACAAUGGCAUAGUCAUGCAUCUACUCAGUAUAGUCCGAUGAGGGAUAAAAAUAAUACUCAAAUACGAUCAAACUUGAAAGAAAUCGACGAUAAAUACAAUAAUAUUGAUGUUGCAACUCAAACUAUGGAAAAUAAGAAAAAUGGUUUAAUCGAUAUUUCAACACAAUUUAGCCCGAUAACACUAGAAGAUGAUGAUGAUAUAAAUUUUUUAAUUCAACGAAAAUUAAAAGCGAAUCUCCUCGAUGAUCAUGUUUAUAUGAAUGCAUCUACUCAAUUUAGUCCGAUCUUAAACGAAGAUGUGGCAACGCAUUUAAAAUCACACAUAAAUAAUGAUGCCGAAUUCAAACAUACAAAUGCUUCAACUCAAUUUACUCCAACUAUAGUAGAAGAUAUUUCUACUCAAUAUUCUAUAAAUGAACUUGAAGAUAUAAAACCUAAAUAUACAAAUAAUUUGAAUCAAGUAAAUUUGACAACAACUCACGAUAAUAAUCUUCAUCAUCAACGAAGUUCUCUCAUGCAUGAAUUAAAACAGAUUUUAUCUUCGCCAAUACCGAAACAGAAAAUUGUAAAUCAAGAUAAUUCAGAAAAAACAAUUCCCCCUACUCAUUCAGUUCGUAGUCUUGUUUCAAUGUUUGAAACAACAUCAAUACCUAAAGAAUCAAGUAUAGAUUUAUCUAGUAAACCAUUUAAAAAACCUAAUACAAAUACUCCAAAAGCAAUGAGUCCAUUAGAUUCGACACAUCUUCGUUUGGCUAUUGACGAAGCUUCUUCGUCUAUUGUUGAUGGUGUAAUCGAACAAUAUGCGAACGAAAUGGCGUCCAAUAUAAUUGAAAAUGCUGUCUCAACAGGCGCAGCAAGAUCUGUUUAUCAUAAUGAGCAUCAACAACGAGACCAAAAGCGGCGUUUUUCACUUUAUAACAAUAAUGGUGGAAAAGGUAAAAGUUUAUUAUUUCAAUCAAAUACAUUCGUACCAGCUAAUGGCACAGUUAAUCAAGGAAAAAAUCAAGAUUUUCGGGCGGAAUCUGCGGCAUCUAUUACUUUUCUUAACGAUCCGUUAACGUCUACAAAACCACCCAUUGUAGAAAAUGAAUCCCAACACACAUUAAUCGUUGGUCGAUAUACUGAUGGUGAUGAUAUCAAUCGGGCAAAACCGAAAAAAUAUCACAGUUUAGCAAUCAAUCCGAGAUUCGAUUUGCAUUCAUCGUCAUCAUCAUCAUCAUCAUUAAAUAAUGAAAAAUUUGAUAAUCAACAUUAUCUUUCUAGUAGUCAACUUUUUACUGCACAAAAAGUAUACAUUCGACCAUGGGUUGUAAGACGAGCAACAAUAUCUGAAAUUCAUUGUCUUGACAAUAAUGUUAAUGACACACGCGUUGAAGCAAAAACACCAACAAUAAUAAAUUCACCGGAAAUAUUUUUUAAUCCUUUUCCAAAUAAUCAUGAUCUAGAUAUGUCGACACGUUAUACUUGUUUAAUUGCAAUACUACUCUAUCUUGAAUAUAUUUAUGAUGAAAAUUCAAAUAAAAUUGUGUUCGAUGAACUUAAUCGAAUUGAAAAACAAUUUUUUAAUGAUAUGUUAACGCCAAUCAAGGUUGACUCAAAUGUAUUUCAAACAGUUAAUCCUGAUGGAAGUAAACGUUAUCGGACAGGAUUUACUCUUGGUAUAAAUUCAUCGGAUUUCACAAAUAAACCAAAAAUUUUUGCAAAACAAAUCAAUUGGAAAAGUGUUAAAAUAAUUAUACGACGUUUUAGAAAAAAAUAUCAACAUCAUAAACAAUUAAUAAAAAAUGAUCAGAAAAGAAACUAUAAUCAAUCGGAUGUUGAGAACUAUUUAAAAUAUUUUGAUUCGAAAUCUAAACACCGCAUGAAAAAAUAUGCAAAACAUUAUGCAGAAAAAAUUUAA